GACCCUUCUGCUGAAAUGCUGGUACAUGAUUAUGAUGAUGAACAAACUCUUGAUGAAGAGGAGGAAAUGAUGGAAGAAAACAAAAAUUUCAGCUCUGAAAUUGAAGAUUUAGAAAAGGAAGGAAACAUGCCGUUGGAAGAUUUGCUGGCAUUUUAUGGCUAUGAACCCACAAUUCCAGUUAUGGCUGGUUCCAGUGUGGAUAGCUCUCCAAGUGAACUUGCAGAUGAGCUUCCAGAUAUGACUCUAGAUAAAGAGGAAAUAGCUAAAGACCUCUUGUCAGGUGAUGAUGAAGAAACGCAGUCCUCUGCUGAUGACUUGACGCCAUCAGUUACUUCACAUGAGGCUACUGACUUCUUUCCUCGGCCAUUAAGAUCAAACACUACAUGUGAUGGAGAUAAGGAAUCAGAUGGUGAAGACAUAGAGGCAGACAAUGGUAAUUCAUCUGAAGAUUUGAGAAAGGAAAUAAAGGUUGGUUUACAGUAUCAGGCUGAAAUUCCACCUUACCUCGGCAGAUACAGUAAUAAUGAAAAGGCCUAUGAAAAUGAAGACCAUUUACUUUGGAAACCUGAUGUGAUCUCAGAAAAUAAAGUUAAAGAAUACCUUUUUGAAACCUCCUUAAGAGCAGGAAAUGAAAAUAUGAUUGGCAGAAUUCCUGAAGGACUACAUACACGUGACAAUGAACAAGCACUAUAUGAACUACUCAAAAGUAGCCAUAAUGUUAAAGAGGCAACUGAGAGAUACUGCUCAAAUGGAAAGGCAUCUCAGGAAGAGAUGACAGCAUGGACAGAAGAAGAAUGCAGAAGCUUUGAACAUGCACUUCUGAUUUAUGGGAAAGACUUUCAUCUCAUACAGAAAAACAAGGUAAGAACCAGAACAGUUGCUGAGUGUGUGGCUUUCUAUUACAUGUGGAAAAAGUCAGAACGUUAUGAUUACUUUGCUCAGCAGACAAGAUUUGGAAAGAAGAGGUAUAACCAUCAUCCUGGAGUUACGGACUACAUGGAUCAUUUGGUAGAUGAAGCAGAAGCUCUUGGUGGAGCAGUGCAUUCUUCAGCCUUAACAUCUAAUACUCGAACAGAAAGUAUUCCUGAUCAACAGCUAAGCAUUCUGAACUCUGUCACUGCCAAUGAGUUGACAGCACUGACAAACACUGUAGCUACUGUCUGUCACACUUCGGCUGUGAACUGCCUGGAUGAUGCCUUCCCUCCUAUGGACAGCUUACCCCGAGCACCGGUAGUUAAUCAUGUGCCUGUUGGAACAGAAGAAUUGCUUAACUUGCCUAGCAGUGGUGAAAAUGAUUGUUUUAAUUUAUUUGAGACUGGCUUUUAUCACUCGGAGUUAAACCCAGGGAACAUGUGCAGUGAGGAGACAGAAAGACCUGCAAAGAGACUGAAAAUGGGAAUUGCUGUCCCAGAAUCUUUCAUGAAUGAUGUCUCUGUAAAUAACCUUGGUGUGGACUUUGAGAACCACACACACCAUAUUGCCAGUGCCAAAAUGGCUGUUUCAGUGGCUGACUUCAGCAGUCUAUCUGCAAAUGAGACAAAUGGUUUUAUAAAUACCCAUACUCUUCACCAACAUACUGCCCUUCACUCAGAAUGACUGUGGAAA